AUAUAUCUAAGAAGAUUGAACAUUUUGUGUAAAAUUAUUUAUUUAUUUACCAAAAAAAAAGAAAAUUUGAAACGGCGAAGUAAAAAAUAAAAUAAAAGCCAAAAAAUGUCACUGGACUCGAUGAUUCUAAACUUUUUGAAGAGAGAAUUGGAACAAGAUAUUUCGAAAACACUUUUUGUGUUUUGCUGCGCUUUAGUACUUAUUAUCCUGGCUCAAUAUCUAAUUAAAGUUAUAAUUGAAAAUCUUCGACUGCCGCCAGGACCUUAUGGAAUUUUUCCUUUCGGAAUUUUAAAACUUAUCGGUGCUGAAAAACACAAAUCAUUCAUGAAACUUGCCGCUACUUACGGACCUUUGUUCAGUUGCAAAUUGGGACAACAACUUCAUAUAGUGAUUAGUGACUAUAAACUUAUACGAGAAAUAUUCAAGAAGGAGUCACUGACUGGAAGACCAAGAACUUUGCUUUGUUCUGAACUUAAUGGAAUCGGAUUUAUAAAUACUGAUGGAAAGCUGUGGAAGGACCAAAGACGAUUUCUUCAUGAAAAAUUACGACGAUUCGGUAUGACAUUAGUGGGCAGUAAAAAUACGAAGUUGCAAAAUCUAAUAACGAAUGAAGUUGAUGAUCUCAUAAGUAAUUUGUCAAAUGAAACAAGUCACACUGUAGAUUUAGAUCCAUUUUUUGCCGUCUCGGUCAGUAAUGUGAUUUGUAAUUUAUUGAUGUCAGUUCGCUUCACACGAGAUGAUCCAAAAUUCAUAAAAUUCAAUCGAAUGAUUGAUGAAGGAAUGAUUUUAUUCGGUCAAAUUUAUACUAUCGACUACUUUCCCGUCACACAAUAUUUGCCAGGAAUGAAAUCAGCAAGAAAUCAAAUAGCCGAAAAUCGCAGAGAAAUGUUUUCAUUUUACAAAGAAGUCAUCGAAGAUCACAAAAAAAAUUUCGACAGCAACAACAUUCGUGACUUAGUUGACGCUUAUUUGAUGGAGAUUGAAACAGCAAAGUUAAACAACAGCGAACACGAACUUUUUGAAGGAAAUAAACAUGAAGAACAGAUUAUGCAGGUUAUUGGCGAUCUUUUCAGUGCCGGUAUGGAAACAAUCAAAACCACUCUUCUCUGGCUUAUCGUAUACAUGCUUCGCAAUCCCGAUGCUAGAAAACAAGUUCAAGACGAGUUAGACGACGUUGUCGGACGAAACCGUAUGCCUAAAGUAAGCGAUUUACCAUUCUGUCCGAAAACUGAAAGCACCAUUUUGGAAGUCAUGAGAAUGUCAUCAAUAGUGCCGCUUGCAACAACACAUUCCCCGAUGAUUGAUGAAGAGAUCAAUGGUUACAAAAUACCAGCUGGCUGUCACGUAAUUCCCCUCAUCAACAGCGUUCACAUGGACCCAACUCUUUGGGAUAAACCUGAAGAAUUCCGACCGAGUCGUUUCCUUAACGCUGAAGGAAAAGUUGAGAAGCCCGAAUAUUUCAUUCCAUUUGGUGUGGGACGACGAAUGUGCCUUGGCGAUGUUUUAGCACGAAUAGAAUCAUUCCUGUUCUUCUCUUCAAUGAUGCACCGAUUCGAUAUUUCACUACCAACAGGAGCUGAGCUUCCAAGUUUAAAUGGAAAUCCUGGCGUGACAAUUUAUCCAAAUAAAUUCUCCGUGUGCUUAAAAGAGCGAGAACUCGAGGCGUUGUCUGAUGAGCUUGCACCUUUAAGAGCUUUUGGUGCUAAUUAAACAUCAAUUGAAGUUAAUUACAACUUCAAGAGCGCGGUGGUUUUGCAUACUUUUCUCUCUCGAGUUGACGCAUACCAUUCAUAAAGAGUCAAAAAUUGAAACAAAACUAAAAAAAUAACAAAAACUUUAAAAAUGUACAAAUUUGUUUAAGUUGUAUGCAGUUAGCACAUGGUCGUGACAUAAGUUGUCAGAUGUAGUUUGAAGAGAUCAUUUUAAUGGUGACAAAUUGCCAUACGUUAGGGAGAUGCUGACGACUUCUUUUUCGAAAAUGCUAAAGAAUUUUUCAUCCACCUUUUCCAAUGUGUUCAUCAUUUCUUAGAAUUAAGAACGUUCAUUAGCUUGUAAGAUUUAAUAAUAAAAGCCUAAUUUAGAUACUUAAAUCGUUUGUCAUUUAACUUAAUUAUUUUUAAAUCAAAAUCAUCAUCUUAGAAAUGUAAUAAAGAUUUUAUUUCUUCUGUAUAUGCUUUGAACUUUUUCAUGGUUUCUCUUUUCCAUCUCUUCAACAAUUAUUUGAAUGAUUCGAAAUAUUUGAAAUCUUCACGUUUUAACAUGCGAACUUUAAAUUUUUAAAUUUUUUAUGGUGGUCAUUAGAUUAUGAAACAAGCCAUGAGAUUAUUCUGAGGCAACAAAGACUUCUUGUCUC